CACCACUACUUAAAGUCUUGCAACACUUCUUAGCCCUCUCACUUCUCACCUGCAAAAGAAAAAUCAAGAAAACAAAAUGGAUCUAAUUGAUGAGGAAGAUUAUAAACUCUACUGGGAAACAAAAAUGUUCUUGCAAAACGAAGAACUUGAACUUGAUAGUUGGGGAUUUGAUGAACCCAUUUCCGGCUACUACGAUUCGAGUUCACCGGACGGGGCAGCAUCGUCGUCUUCGGUGACUGCAAAAAACAUAGUUUCGGAGAGAAAUCGAAGGAAGAAACUCAAUGAUAGAUUAUUUGCACUAAGGGCUGUAGUUCCUAAGAUUAGCAAGAUGGAUAAGGCCUCGAUCAUUAAGGACGCAAUCGAGUACAUUCAAGAAUUACACGAACAAGAACGGGCAAUUCAAUCCGAAAUAACCGAACUCGAAUGCGGAAAAUUGAAGAAAUCAAUGUCGGAUAUCGAUCUUGAACAUAUGAAUUUGUCGAAACCAAAGAAGAAAAAGACCGACCGUUCGGUCAAUUCCAUCGGAUCACAAACAUCAUCCUUCGAGUCUCUCGAACUUAGGAUUUAUAACGUUGGCGAGAAGACAAUGGUGGUAAGCUUAACAUGCGAUAAGAAGAUUGAUACGAUGGUGAGACUUUGCGAAGUUUUUGAGUCUUUGAAGCUUAAAAUUGUCACAGCCAACAUUUCUGCCGUGUCUGGGAGGCUAUGGAAGACGGUUUAUGUUGAGGCUGAUGAAGCAGAGAAAGAUGAGCUGAAAAUGAAGAUAGAAGCAGCACUUAAUGAUCCACAAAGUCCUAAUAUGAGUUUCUAAUUGCCCCCAUUAACUAUCAUCAGAUUAUAGAUUGGUUGUGCUUCUUCUCCAUUGAAGAAAAAGUUGAUAUGCAGUUUCGAGUCAGGCCACUUCUCUUUUUUUUUUUUUUUUCUCAUCUUUGGCCGAGGGUUCUCUCAGAUAAUUGCUGAAUGUAAUUUUCGGUUACACCGUUUUUUGUUCUUCUAAUGGCCAAUGUUUUCCAAGCAGACAGAAGCUUUUGCAC